UGGAUAUAUUGCUUUUGGUUACACAGCACACUUCUCGGACAGUUUAGUCAACAGUGAGAGAUCUAUCAACCAUGGCGGAUCUCGUUGACCAUUCCCCCCACCAUCCUACCAAAGCGGCCCAACUCAACACCGCCUCGAAUGUCAUUCUAAUCGAUAACUAUGACUCCUUUACCUGGAACGUCUAUCAGUACCUGGUCCUCGAAGGCGCGACAGUGAAUGUUUACCGUAACGACCAAAUCACUCUCGAGGAACUGAUCGCGAAAAACCCGACGCAACUUGUGAUCAGCCCCGGUCCAGGUCACCCAGAGACGGAUGCCGGCAUCAGCAAUGCCGCAAUUAAGCACUUCAGCGGCAAGAUUCCUAUUUUUGGAGUGUGUAUGGGCCAGCAAUGUAUGAUCACUUGCUUUGGAGGAAAGGUCGACGUUACCGGCGAGAUUUUGCAUGGCAAAACAUCCCCCUUGAAGCACGAUGGCAAAGGCUGCUACGAAGGCUUGCCUGCUAAGCUCGAUGUCACUCGUUAUCACUCUCUGGCUGGAACUCAUUCCACUGUUCCCGACUGCCUGGAAGUAACCUCUUACGUGCAUCUAGCCAACGGCAAUGACAACGACAAAACCGUCAUCAUGGGUGUGCGCCACAAGCAAUUUGCUAUAGAGGGUGUCCAGUUCCACCCGGAGAGUAUUCUGACGGAGCAUGGACAAACUAUGUUCAGGAAUUUCUUGAAGCUUACGGCCGGCACCUGGGAAGGAAACGGGAAGUACUUCGGUGAACAGAAGACCGUGGUUCCGACUGCGCCUUUGUCUGCCGUUCCAAAGACCGAUAAGAAGAGAUCAAUCCUUGACAAGAUCUAUGACCACCGCAAGGCUGCCGUGGCUGUACAGAAGACCAUUCCUUCCCAGCGACCUGCAGAUCUGCAAGCUGCUUACGAUCUCAACCUUGCUCCUCCUCAGGUCUCCUUCCCUGACCGCCUUAGGCAAUCACCUUAUCCUCUGUCCCUCAUGGCUGAGAUCAAGCGGGCUUCUCCUUCGAAGGGCAUGAUUGCUGAGAAUGCAUGCGCACCAGCCCAGGCUCGUCAAUAUGCGAAGGCGGGAGCUAGUGUUAUCUCCGUCCUUACCGAGCCUGAAUGGUUCAAGGGCAGCAUUGAUGACCUGCGUGCCGUUCGACAGAGUCUAGAGGGCUUCACCAACAGGCCUGCUAUCCUUCGCAAAGAGUUUGUCUUUGAUGAAUACCAAAUCUUGGAAGCGCGAUUGGCUGGUGCCGACACAGUGCUGCUCAUCGUGAAGAUGCUUAGCACCGAGCUCCUUACAAGACUCUAUCACUAUUCUCGCAGUCUCGGGAUGGAACCACUGGUUGAAGUCAAUACUCCCGAAGAGAUGAAGAUUGCAGUUGAGUUGGGAGCACAGGUCAUUGGUGUCAACAACCGUGACUUGACUAGCUUUGAAGUCGAUCUCGGAACCACAAGUCGACUAAUGGAUCAAGUCCCCUCGAGCACCAUUGUUUGCGCACUGAGCGGCAUCUCUGGCCCGAAAGAUGUGGAAGCCUACAAGAAAGAAGGCGUCAAAGCGAUUCUGGUCGGUGAGGCUCUGAUGCGAGCGGCAGACACAUCUGCAUUUGUUGCGGAGUUGCUUGGUGGAAGUGCUAAGAGUGUCGCCACCAAGGUUCAGAGCUCGCCACUCGUGAAGAUUUGCGGCACACGAUCUGAGGAAGUAGCUAGGGCUGCAAUCGAAGCUGGUGCUGAUUUAAUCGGCAUGAUAUUGGUUCAAGGACGGAAGCGACUUGUCCCGGAUGAUGUUGCAUUGCGGAUCUCACAGGUCGUCAAGACUACUCACAAGCCCACCACUCAAUCUCCUCAAUUACCCGAGGCAACAGCUAUUGAUUACUUUGAUCAUUCCGCCUCGGUCCUGCGCCACCCUACUCGUGCUCUACUCGUAGGUGUUUUCCAAAACCAGCCUUUGGAUUAUAUCUUGUCUCAGCAACAGAAGCUCGGACUCGAUGUUGUACAAUUGCAUGGUUCCGAGCCGCUCGAGUGGGCUAGGUCGAUCCCAGUUCCUGUCAUUCGCAAAUUUGGUCUCGAUGAGCCGGCAAUCGCUCGGAGAUCAUACCAUACCCUGCCCCUGCUGGACUCUGGGGCUGGAGGGUCGGGUGAGUUGCUGGAUCAGUCUCGUGUUGAGCAAGUUCUGGAGAGCGAUAGCGGCUUGCGUGUUAUCCUCGCUGGAGGCUUGGAUCCCACAAAUGUGGUUAACACGAUCGAGAAGCUCGGCAAGUCCGGCGACAAAGUUGUGGGCGUGGACGUCAGUUCUGGCGUAGAGUCAGACGGCGCUCAAGAUGUGGAGAAGAUUCGCGCCUUUGUGAAGGCUGUCAAGCGCCUCCGCAUGUGACUCGGUGUUUGAUUUCUACAUAAUAUGUUCUAUUCUGAGUUAAUCAUCAAGCCAUUAUGGUAUUGAUCCUUACUUUCGGGACAAAUUUUAAUUACAUGCCUUUCAAGGAUAGUUAUUACCUCGCAUUUCCUUACUACUAAACGAC